GGACAUGAAGGUUUCCAGUACAGGAGGUCCUACAUGAAAGUGCUCCCCAGCAGCAGCAGCAGCAGCGGCAGCAGCGGCAGCAGCACUGGUGUGUAGGAGCUGUCUGUCCAUUGUAGCCGGAGCUGUCCGUUCCAGGAGCUGUCUAUACACGGAGCUGUCCAUUUCAGCACCACGUCCUCCAUCAUCACUUCCAUGCAGCAGCGGCGGAGGAAGCCCAGCCGACACCGCCAGCCUGGACAGCGCACAGGGGGCCUCGCACUGCUGAUCCUCACCGACACCACCAUGGAUUGCAAAAGCCGCAGUCCGUCUCCAGCCAAAGCUUCCAGCAUCCACAGGAUACUUGUGCUGUAAUCCACAGCAGGGGAGGAAUCCCACACUCCAUCAGACACACACACAGCAGCAGACAACCACAAGAGGGGAGAAGAAAAGAUCUGUCAAGAGCAGAAAAAAAAAACACAAGAAAAAAAAAAACACUCUGUUUUUUUUUUCCCUUUUUACAUGGCGCAGGCUGCAGAGCAAAAGAAGGAAAGCAAAGCCUGCACCCCUAACCCUAAAGCCUCCCCUUGCUGCCUUGGUCCUGAUGCUGCUGAUGGUUGGUGAUGAGAAGGCUGCUGUUGUAUUCCUGCCGACAAGAGAUUCCCAAUUAGCCAUCACUUAUGGAAACUGAAGAUCAGAAUUUUAGGAAAAGGGAUUAAGAGAGAUUAGAGCCUCUCUGUCUGUUAGCUGCUAUCCUUGUGUGUUGUCAGUCUGUCUGCACUAUUUUCAUAUUCUUUUUUUUUUUUUUUUUUUUUUGUCCCCCCACCCCCCCUUUUCUCCUGCAAACCUGCAUUUGGACAUGAUCUGAUGGACAACGAGCUCUCCAUCCACAAACCUUCCAGGUUUACUUUUGCUAUUUUUCUAUUAGGAUACCUCAUCUUUUUGGGCACUAUCCACUGCUAGCUGAGACCCCCCCAGGUCCCCCCCCCUUCUUCAGCUACUGAACCCCCCUACACCAGAAGACUGUUGGAUGUCUAUAGAAUGAAGAAUUAUGGGUCUGUUUGAUAGAGGUGUUCAGAUGCUCCUGACCACUGUGGGAGCAUUCGCUGCAUUCAGUUUAAUGACAAUUGCUGUGGGCACAGACUACUGGUUAUACUCCAGAGGGGUCUGCAAGAGCAAAUCUAUAAGUGAAAAUGAAACCAGCAAAAAGAAUGAAGAAGUCAUGACCCAUUCUGGAUUGUGGAGAACAUGUUGCCUUGAAGGUAAUUUUAAGGGCGUGUGCAAACAAAUUGACCACUUUCCAGAGGAUGCAGAUUAUGAAGCAGACACUGCCGAAUAUUUUCUCCGGGCUGUGAGGGCUUCCAGUAUAUUCCCUAUCCUCAGUGUAAUUCUGCUCUUCAUGGGAGGGCUUUGCAUUGCUGCCAGCGAGUUCUACAAAACCCGACACAAUAUCAUAUUAAGUGCUGGAAUUUUCUUUGUGUCUGCAGGUCUAAGCAACAUCAUUGGAAUCAUUGUCUACAUAUCAGCCAAUGCAGGUGACCCUUCCAAAAGCGACUCAAAGAAAAACAGCUACUCAUAUGGCUGGUCUUUUUACUUUGGGGCCCUUUCCUUCAUUAUUGCUGAAAUGGUGGGAGUGCUUGCUGUUCACAUGUUCAUUGACCGCCACAAACAACUGAGGGCCACAGCACGGGCCACGGACUACCUCCAGUCCUCUGCAAUCACUCGCAUUCCGAGCUAUCGCUAUCGUUAUCAGAGGCGUAGCCGCUCCAGUUCCCGAUCUACGGAGCCAUCCCACUCCCGUGAUGCCUCUCCUGUGGGCCUUAAGGGCUUCAACACCCUUCCCUCCACUGAGAUCUCAAUGUACACGCUGAGCCGCGACCCCCUCAAGUCGGCUGGGACCCCCACGGCCACUUAUAACUCGGAUAACAGCUUCCUCCAAGUUCAUAACUGUAUACCCAAAGAUAAUAAGGACUCUGCGCACACCAACACAGCCAACCGCAGGACCACCCCAGUAUGAAACAGGAUGGAGCAAGAAAAGAAAGACAAAGAGGGAUAGAACAAAGAGGGUCAGAAAGCUAAAGUAGUGUGGUCUAGAGAUCAGGAUCUGUGUAUCAAGCCUUUGGCUGUCAUUUUAAUCAACAAGUGAACUCUUUUGGUUCUAAAUUAAGUUCCAGAGAUAGCCUUUCCGUUUCUACACAGACACUACAACAUUUAAACAGUCAUUUCAAAUGUUUUGGUAUUCAAUAGUAGCCCAGCUGUUUCUAGACUACUGUAACCACGUAAAAAUGGAAAUAAGUGUAAGAAAGAAACUGCUUAAGUCAUAUACUAGUAACCUUCAAUUUUUAUUCAAAUUUUUAAACCCCAUAAACUAAAAUCAAAUUUUAACAUUUCUAUGGGUUUAAAAUAAGAGCCAGAGCCAGGAAAGAGCAUGAAGCCAUCCCAGAAACUCGACAUAAAGGAAAAUACGUUCUUCACUUGACCUUCAGUGAAAUUUAUUGUACAAAGCAAUUGAACAAAGUCUGAUACACAGAUCUAUAUGGCUAGGACAGGGGCUUUCUUUCAAAAAUAGCCUCAAAAUGUUUCCAUUAGCAUAACUACACACAACUGCUUUGGACACAAAUAUCCUAGAUGGUCUAUGGGAUUGUCUGAAAUAGAACAUCUCACCAAAUCAGAAAGUUAUAUCCAAUGUCUACAACCAGAUUAUGUCACUUUAUAUAUAAGAACUACUGCUGCAUCAAAUAUGCAGUAAACAUCAUAAUUUAGAAACAUGUGGAGGACCUUUAAAGGCUGUAAUUGUUACAUGCUAAUAUAUAACAUUUUGGGGUUCUAUUUUUUGAAAAAUGCAUUCUGUCUAAAACACACAGUCUUGCUUGUAUGGGGAUUAAUAACAAUAAUUAUAAAAAUUGCCUUGCAAAACAAAAGAAACUUAUGAUAGUGGGUACCCAUGUUUAAACAUUACUAUUAAAAACAUUUAUGCAGCAUA